AUGCGUUCAUAAUCCAAUGCUUACCGUCAUCAACGACAAAUAAUUGAUGGCACUAAUCCUAAUGUACGUGUUCCACAACAAAACUUUGGUGUACCAGUACCAUGGAAUAAUAUUCCAUUAAAUCCAUUAAAUAAUCCAAAUAUAGUCAUAUCUAAUGAACGAAAUAAUCCAUCACAAUUAAAUACUAAAAAUAAUCCUCCAAUUAUAGCAUCUCAAUCACAAAUAGAACAAGCUCGUAGUCGUGGAUUUUAUAAUAACCCAUCAUUUCAACCAUCACCAUUUUCUGGUGAAAAACCUUUAGGAUGGUUUGGUACAAAUCGUGUCAAUUGGGUUUCAAAUCUAGAUAGUGAAUUAGAUAAAAAUAAAUUAGCAGCAGAAAAACAUGCACCAUCAAUUAAUCCUCAAACUAAUGUUAUUCAACCACGAAAAGAUGGUGGACGACUGUUUCUUGAAAACAUAGCUAAACAAUACGCAAGUAAAGGUGACAAAGCAUUUACCUUCGGUGACUUUGAAAGUCGUGGUUCAGUUUGUUCAAAUCAUGACAAUUUUGAUGGUUUUGCAUUUGGUAUUUUUCCAUGUCCAUUCCCAGCAAGUACGGGUAUGAAUCAACUUGAUCAAUUUUGUUGUGGACCUGCUAAUUAUCAAUAUUGUUGCAAUGCUCAAGAAUUUAGUCAAACACAACGUGGUGCCUUUGGUGAUAAUAGAUAUAUAGGUCGACAAGGAUUUUCAACACGAACAGAUUUUGCACCAUCAACGAAACGAAUACUUGCAAUUAUUUCACCUAUAGCUGGUUUUAUUAUUUUAACAGGAAUUAUUAGUUUAGCAGUUUUAUAUUAUAAAAAAAUUCGAAAAGAACAAAAUAGAAUUGGUAAACCAGCUGGAGCUAUUCGCUUAGAAGAUAAUUAUUCAAUUGUUCCUCAAGAACCACCAACUGAAAAAUCUAUAUUUACUCAAAAUGAACAAUUAUAA